AUGUCUGUGAUGUUUGAGGCAAGGAUGAUAGCCAGGUCCUCUCUUGGCUCCACCUCCAGCAUUCCCUCUUUGGCUGAGAUUGACCAAAGUAUAUUUGAGAAUUCAAAUACUACCCCUGCAUCAAAGCUGCCAGUUGCCACAUCUGUCUCCCUGCACUCCAAGUCGUUCCCACGAGGCCAGCCAGAAUGGGUAGGUGGCAGCCAGCACCUCAAGCACCUCAGCAAGACUGUAGGUGCAAAGGUCAAUGAUUUUCUACGCAGGAAAGAGCCCACCAGCCACAGCAGCUUUGGAGUAACAGAAGUCAAUGAAAGUGCAAAGACAGCACUCUCAUGUGGACAAGAGCCACUGCUGGGAAGCCAAAAUCAAGAGGAAGGGCAGGCUCCAGUUGAUGCUAUUCCCCGGCUAAGUCCACCUCCAGAGGUUGCCAAAAAACGUACCCCAAGAGCACUUAAGACUACUCAAGAUAUGCUGAUCGCUUCCCAACCACUCUUGAGUAGCAUGCAGGCUUCUUUUGCAGAGGGAAGGCAGGAACACGCAUGCCCACCUACCAGGACAGAGGCAGCACAGAGUGAGAUUGGUUCACUGACACAGGAGGUUGGAAUCAGUCCCACCAAGGCCUUUGAUGUGCCUGAUCUCAUUCAUAAGGAGAACCUGGAGCUGAAGCUGAGCAAUGCUUAUAGAAUAUCCCCCUCCCUUUACCCAGAAAGUGUGUCAUUCCGACUCAAUGUGAGUGCUGGCAAGAGCUUGGGCUCUUCAAAAGCAAAGACAUCCACUCUGGAAAAUGAAGGUCACAGUCCAGACUUGCUGUCCUUUGAGUAG